AUGAGUCGUAUAUUAUUAUUUCAUUUUGUACUAUUAAUUAUUUCAAUUUCGCUUCUCAUAUUUGGUAUAAGUACACCAAGAUGGCUUAUUUAUCUCAAUGAGAAUACAACUGGUACUAUCAAUGAAUAUUCAAAAGGAAUUCUUAUAAUUUGUCAUCGAUUUUAUCGUUCCUACAAUGUAGAUCAAUAUUCAAUUAUGAACAAUCUGACAAAUAGUAAUAAUUAUAUAUACAACAAUAUUUAUAUAUGUUUUAAUCGUUUAUAUAAAUGGUAUAAUUCAUCAAUAAGUGGACCGGAACUAUUGAAUGUAUUAACAUUGAUUAUAUUAGCAUUAUUUUUUGGUUUUGAACAUCUUCAAAAUAUGAUUAAUUAUGGUUCUUCAUUUUGGUCAUUUUUAACAGGCACAUGUUUAACCAUUCGACAAGGUGAUAUAAGUAAAGAAAUAUGUGAUGCUAUUGUUAAUCCAACAAGAGUGUCAAUGCAUCCUAAUGGUGGAUUGGAUACAAUAAUGCAUAACGUGAUGGGUAAACUUUUUGCUGAUCAAGUAAAUGCAGUUAGCCAAGAGAUGCAAGAAAAUGCAUGCCCUGUUGGACAAUCAAGAAUAUUUGUUGCAAAAACUCGUCAAAAUCCAAAUGUGGCUCGUUUUGUUAUAAAUACUGUUGGUCCAGUUUAUCAUCUUGAAGAAAAAGAAAAAGCUGCUUUUCUUUUACAAUCAUGUUAUUCAACAUCAUUACAGUUAUCUAAUCUAUAUUCAUUAACAUCCAUUGCUUAUCCUGCUAUAUCAUGUGGAGCAAAUCAUUUUCCUUCACAAGAAGCAGCACAGGUUGCUAUUGAAUCAGUGAGACAGUAUUCAUGUAAUGUUAACGAUGUUCGAUUUGUAUUAUAUGAACGGCCAAUCUAUGAUGCUUUUGUUAAAGAAUGGACUGACUAUGCAGAAAAAAUCAAUCAAGCAGCUACUACUACUACCACAACAACAACUAUUGAUGAUAGAAAUCGAUUUCGAAUAGCAUCACGAUCAUCAUUUGAUUCGAUUCGUGAUUGUAUUCUUUGUAAUGAACAACAAUUACCAGCUGAUCGUAAACAUUUAUGUAUUAAAUGUUCAGAGUUAACACGUUCGAUGAUAUUCGAUAGAUUUUUACAACGACUAUGUAUUGCUGCUGAAACUUCACUUCAUGAACUUGAAAAAGCAUGUAAAUUGUUAAAACCAAUAUUAGAUUAUUAUCCACUUAUAUAUACACCAAUACAAAGAUUUGAUCAAAGUAUUCAUAAACCUGAUGCUGCCGCUGAAUAUUUUGUACAAAAUCAUUGUGAUAAACAAUUUCGUAAUUCGAUGCCAGUAGCUAUUGUUGGUGAUGGAAAUUGUUUCUAUAAUACAUUUCUUAAGUUAAGUGGUGCUGGUGCAACAACUGAAGCAUCAGCAGUGACACCAGUUGAACUACGAGCUCGAAAUGUAGUUGAACUUGUUCUUCAUAAAAAUGAGUAUACAACUAAAUAUGAAUCCUUGGAAAUGAUUCUUGAUAGUUUUGAAGAUUAUGUUCGAAAAGAAAUGGUACAUGAUACACAUUUUACAUCUAUUUGGGAUCUUUUAAGUAUACCAACUGUACUUGAUAUUGAUGUUAUAAGUGUUUAUCCUAAAGUUAAUGGUGAUGAGGAUAUAAAUUACGAAACACUUAAUGGUAAACGUUUUAGUCCAUUAAUAAGUAAACAGACAAUAAAUGAUAAACAAUCAAAAAUAACAAAGCUAACAGCAGUCAGCGAUCGAAAGGAUCGUAUUAUAGAUGGUCAUAAGUUAGGUGGUAAUAUUAUUAUUCUAGCAAAUUCAGAAAAGGAUGGACAUAACAAAUUAUGUGAACUUAUUGAAGUACUAUUAAUCAAAGCUCAACAUUAA